AAAACCCCAAAUUUGUCAAUUUUGACUCGAUUCUCAAAGCUUUGUUUCUGCUUGGAUUCUGUGUUCCAUAAUUUCUCAAACGAAGAAGUAGAAGAGAAAAGCCGUACAUCCCAACCUCUCCAUCCUUUCUUCGUCAUGGUGACGAUGAACCAAAUCAGGGUUUUCCUCCUCGCUCUUCUUCUCGUCGCAUCUCCCUUCGUUCGAGUUGCCAGGGCUCAAUCGAGUUCGGAUGCGGAAGUUUCUGAGACUGUAGAUGAGAGCAGUGAUCUUGGGAUUGUUGGUGAGGAUGUCCAGGACUUCGGUGAUGAAACUUUCAACCCAGCUCCUGGAAUUGAUACAGUCUCUGUCUUUCCAAAGAACAGCGCACGAGUGGUUACAGCAGGAGAAGACACUGACUUACUGGUUGGAGUGAAAAAUGAUGGGGACUCAAGCGUUAAUGUCAUUGCAAUUAAAGCUAGUGUUCAUCUCCCAUUUGAUCAUAAAAUGCUGGUUCAAAAUUUGACUACAAUGACCUUUAACAAUGCGUCAAUACCAGCUUCAGCCCAGGCUACUUUCCCAUACAUAUUUGCUGUCAGCAAGUACUUGCAGCCUGGUACUUUUGAUCUAGUUGGCACCAUUAUUUAUGAGAUAGACCAGCAUCCUUAUCAGAAUACCUUCUACAAUGGUACCAUUGAAGUUGUUGAGGCUGGUGGAUUCGUCAGUGUUGAAUCUGUUUUUCUUGUAACUCUUGGAAUCGCUCUUCUUGUUCUCCUUGUCUUGUGGGUUCAUGGUCAAAUACAGAACCUUUCUAAGAAAACCAAGAGAGCUCCCAAGGUGGAAGUUGGGACCAAGACCACUGAUGCGUCAAUGGACGAGUGGCUUCAGGGAACUGCAUAUACUCAGUCACUUUCCAGCAAAUCAAAGAAGAAGAAGUAGAUUAAAAGUUAUCAUAGCUCUGCUACGGAUGAGAAUACAUAGAAGGUUCAAGCUCCUGUAACUUACGUUAGGGAUUUGAGAGCCACAAAAGCUGAAUUAGUUUUGACAGCUAAACCAGAAUUUUUACCUUGUUGCUUUAGUUUAUUAAAUUUUUUACAUUUACAAUAUCUUGGACCUGACUUGGAGCCUUUUUGAAGUAAAACUAACGGAUAUUUAAGUUAAUGAGGAAAACCUUUUUUUCGUUUGAA